GAAGAGGCUGAUGCUGAUGCAGCUUUUAAAAGCGGGAAAAUAACCAACCCAAACUGACACCAUGAGUAUGAACUACGCGUCCGCGGCGCCCGCGCACAGGUCCACGUCGUUUUUCAUUGAGGACAUCUUAUUGCACAAACCCAAGCCGCUGAGAGAGGUCCUUCCCUCGCCGUUCUGCAGCUCCCUGGCCUCCCGGAUGCCCCUCCUGGAGUAUGGAUACCCACUGAUGCCAACCCCAAUACUGGCGCCACAUCCGCACCACGCUCUCCACAAGCCAGAGCAUCACCAGUACUUCUUCACUUCUGGGAUGCAGAUGCCAACCUUGUUCCAGCACCACGCAGAGUUACCGGGGAAGCACUGCAGACGCCGGAAGGCCCGGACGGUCUUCUCCGACUCGCAGCUGUCUGGCCUGGAGAAGAGGUUCGAGAUCCAGCGGUACCUGUCCACACCGGAGAGAGUGGAGCUGGCCACGGCGCUCAGCCUGUCCGAGACACAGGUAAAAACGUGGUUCCAGAACCGGCGGAUGAAGCACAAGAAGCAGCUGCGGAAGGCGCAGGACGAGCGGAAGCCCGCCGGGGAGCAGGACCCGUCCGCGGACAACUCCAGCGGCAGCGAGCUGAACGACGGGAGCUCGGAGGAGCCGAGACCCGGCCUGGAGCCGGACUCGUACCUGCUGGAGGAAAACGACGACGACGUGGAUAUCGAGGAAGACAUUUGCUCCCCGGAUCAUCUACUAUAGUAGGCUGCCCAUUGUUUUAUAAGCAGCGACUUCCACACUGUAAAUGCUCUGUAGAUAACACUG